CCUCGCCCUCUGCUCUUUUCCUGCCGCGCAGCUUCGGUUCUCCGGCCCUUUUUUUUCCCCUGCUCUUUGCGUCUGCAGCCACCAUGAGCCGGAUCUCUUUCCGAUCAUCCACCGGAGGGGGCAUGAGGGGCUUCAGCUCGGGCUCUGCCAUCGUGGGAGGCGGCGGCGGGGGCACCAGGAGCAGCUUCAGCUCCGUCUCCGUCUCCAGAGUCGGGGGAGGAAGAGCCGGAGGCGGAGGAGGCUUCGGAGCCGGCGGUGGCUUCGGCAGCAGGAGCCUCUACAACAUGGGUGGAAGCAAAAGGAUCUCCAUCGGGGGGCUCCGGAGCGGAGCCGGUGGCGGAUUCGGCUUCGGCGGCGGCGCCGGCUUCGGGCUGGGCUACGGUGGCGGUGGAGCCACUUUUGGCUUAGGAGGAGCCGGUGCCGGUGGCGGUUACGGGCUGGGAAGCGGAUUCGGGCUGGGAGGUCCCGGAUUCGGCGGCCGAAGCGGCCCCGGGUUCCCCGUGUGCCCCCCCGGCGGCAUCCACGAGGUGACGGUGAACCAGAGCCUGCUGGCCCCCCUGAAGCUCGACAUCGACCCCGAGAUCCAGAAGGUGCGGACGCAGGAGCGGGAGCAGAUCAAGACCCUCAACAACAAGUUCGCCUCCUUCAUCGACAAGGUUCGCUUUUUGGAGCAGCAGAACAAGGUGCUGGAGACCAAGUGGAGCCUCCUCCAGGAGCAGGGGCACACGGUCACCAGGAAGUCCCUGGAGCCCCUGUUCGAAGCCUACAUCGGCAACCUGCGGAGGCAGCUCGACAGCCUGGUGGGCGAGCGGGGCCGCCUGGACUCCGAGCUCAGGAACAUGCAGGACAUGGUGGAGGACUUCAAGAACAAAUAUGAGGAUGAGAUCAACCGGCGCACGGGGGCCGAGAACGAGUUCGUGGUGCUCAAGAAGGACGUGGACGGCGCCUACAUGAACAAGGUGGAGCUGCAGGGCAAGGCAGACUCGCUGGCAGAGGAGAUCAACUUCCUGCGGACUCUCUACGAGGCGGAGCUGUCCCAGAUGCAGCAGCAGGUCUCGGACACCUCGGUGGUGCUUUCCAUGGACAACAACCGGAGCCUGGACCUCAACAGCAUCAUCGCCGAGGUGAAGGCGCAGUACGAGGACAUCGCCAACCGCAGCCGCGCCGAGGCCGAGGCCUGGUACCAGAACAAGAGACCCCCCGGGAGCCUCGUUGGGUGCUCCCAGGGACAGUUGUCGGCGUCAUUCCUCACUUUCCCCUUUCCCAACAGGCUGGCUGGAGAAGGAGUGGGAGCCGUCAGCGUCUCCGUGGUCAGCAGCUCCAGCGGGAUGGGAUACGGCGGCGGGAGCUGCCUGGGGAUGGGCGGAGGGCUCGGGAUGGGCGGCGGCGGCGGCGGCGGCUUCUCCGUGAGCGGCGGCGGCUUCGGGGGCGGCAGCGGCGGCGGCUUCGGGGGGCUCAGCUACGGCGGGGGCAGCACCUUCAGCUCCGGCAGCAGCCGAGGCGUGAGCUCCAGCACGGGCGGCAGCGUCAGGAUCGUCUCCAAGACCACCACCAGCAAAAAGACCAUCAGAUAAGGGCGGGGAGCCCCCCGGGGGCGGCGGGAGCGGGUCCCGCCUGCCCCUGCCCUG